AUGACUGGUCUCCAAGCCACUGUCACCGACUUCUCUGGUGCCCCGACUCCUGUCGGCAGUCCCAACCCCUCGGCGUUGUCUCAAGAGAAACUGUAUGCAGUUUUGACUGAGCACCUCAACAAGAUAGAUGCUACCAUGAAAGGUGCAAACAUCGCUGCAGGCAAGACUCGCCUCACCAAAGAAGAGAUCGACGAGGUGAAGUCGGCGUUCAAGCAUGUGACUCUCAUCGACGCCGAGCCUUCUGGCAAACUUGAUGCUGGCGCCUCUCACGCAUCCAAGCCUGAGAAUGACAACAUUGUCCGUGGUGCUGGUGAAAAGACCAACAACACCAAGACUGCUGGAGACAAAGCAGGCGCCACGUCCACCAGAGUGAGCACUGCCAAGCAGAGUGCACCAUCCAUGGACCACAAGGUCGCUAUCCCUCUCAGUAGCUGGGCCAGCUUGCCAGUCUUGGUCGUGGUCGACAACGCUCACUUCUAUGUCCACACCGACGUCCUGGGCCGCAUGUUUUCCAAGGUCCUCUUCGCCCCCGGUGGCUCCUACUCCAUUGCCCGAUGCAGUGCCAAUGUUUUCCAGACCGCACUAAACUUCAUGUAUCGCGGCAAUUUGCAAGAGUUGGAGCUUGACACUAUCGACGAUGAGGACCUGGCUGCAAAUCUCUUCCAGUUUGCAAAGGAACAUGCCAACACUGUUCUUCUGGCUGGCUUGCUCCAGACUCGCGAGUUGGACUUGUUGGCGUCGCAGCACCUUCAAUACGUCGCUUACAUCUACAAGGCUGGUGUUCCCGACGCUCGCUUUCGUCAACACUUCAAAGACCAGCUCGUCGAUGCUUUGAACGAUGAAUUCGAGCAUGGCCACAACUCUGACAACACCGAGCCGGCCAUCAUGCUUCGUCUCCAGACUUACCUCAAUGAAGCUGGCUGCGCUUUCGAUGACAUCACCGAGUCCUUGCACUUUCUGUGGACUACUGCCAUGGGUCUCAAUGCUUGGGCAGCCUCUUGA